AUGGCUUCCGAGCACUGCUUCUUCUGCAAGGCUGAGAUUGCUGAGUUCAUUACUGGCUGGCCGUUGAAAGAUGGCUCUUUCGCUAAGCUCUGCGGGAAAUGCGGUUAUGCUUAUAUACAUGAUCAAUUCUGUGAAAAUUUUCAUUCCAAGUCUGAUGGAUGGAGACACUGUGAUGGCUGCAAGAAGCGACUCCACUGUGGAUGCAUUAUGUCAUGCCACAUGUACACGGAACUGGACUAUGGAGGUGUAGGUUGCAGUAAAUGCUUAUUGCGAAGUAAAAAAUCUAUGGAGUCAGCUGCCAAUGAAGGGAUGUAUUUAACAACAUUAUCUGAUUCUGAUACCCAUUCUGUGGCAUCUAACGAGAUAAUUGCUGAAUGCUGUUCUCCUGGAUCAUCUAAAGGAAAAGCUUCUGCACAUGUUGGAGAAAACUCUAAUGUGGAUUCUAGUGGACAUACAGGUUGUGAAGAAGGAGUAGAGAGUGAAACGCCACGAGUGGAUGCCUCUACUCAAAACCCUUUAUCGAACAUUGAUGCUAUACCUCUGUUUGAGAAGUCAUUAACCGCAAGUGAUACUUUCCUGAAUACAGCACGUCUAGUGAUACCAAAGAAAUGUGCAGAGGCCCAUUUUCCAAAAAUUUCUGAAACACAAGGAUUCCCCAUCGCAAUUCAGGAUUACACAGGCAGGGACUGGAAAUUUCAAUAUCGUUGCUGGCAAAAUAGUAACAGCAAAAAGAUGUAUGUAUUAGAAGGGCUCAAGGAUUACAUGAUCUUAAAUCAGUGGCAAGUUGGGGACACAGUGACGUUUCAUCGAACAGAACAAGAAGGAAAACUGAUUAUUGGAACAAAAAAGACGCCAGCUUCUGUUGCUUCUAUUCAAGCUCUUAAGCAACAAGUGAUAUCUUUUCUUCUGACAGGAAAAAAUUUGGAAACUACUAGGCUGAAGGGAGACCAGGACCAAUUGAACCUUGUGCUUUGUUGGAUGCUUGAAGGUCUUUAUGCUCAUUCAGUCAAGAACCUAGUGUGUCAGUGUCACGGAGACCUUCCUUCUCUCUUAGGCUUAUCAAACUCUCUGAGCUUACAAAGCCAAAAAGAAGUAACUUUCUUCAUUGUUCCCAUAACAAUAUUUCAAUACUGGUAA